AUGGCCUCGGCAUCUAACCCGCAGUCGAGCAAUGGCUCAUCUCGUGGCCCUGUGCCGACAAUAGUUACCCAGCCGAUCACUGCUCAACAGCAGUCCUUGAGCCAGCAACGACCGAUACGCAACUUUUUGUCGACUGCUCCGGCCAUCUUUCCGGUCCAGCAGCAGCCUUCCAGCAUCAUGGGGAUCGAGAUGGAUCCAGCGGAAUUUCUUAUCAAAGCAGAUUUGCUGAGCAGUACAGCCCCACCUAUCGAUAUCUCCCAACCUCAUUCAUUCCUGUCAUCCGAUGUGGCAUUAGACCAGACCAUAGCCUCGAGCUUCCGAUCCAUGGAGUCCAUGACAACUGCUCCGACUGUGGAUACAGCGCCCAUGACCCAAUCCAGCACCAACAUGAGCAACAUGCCUAUCGGUGGCUCUGAAAUGCUGCGCAUCUGCUCGCGGCAGUCAUUCCAUAGUCUGCCCCAAGAUAAUGGAGUCCAAGCAUUUAUGGCCCCCGCCGUACCGGACAAGCGCCGGUCCGACGCGUCUCUGCUGAGCUACCCGACCUUUUCAGUUGCUUCUCCCAUCUCACAGCGGCCUCCAACCACCCAGCUGUCACAAUCAGUGCCCGCUGCAAUGGGCUUCGUGCCCGCUGACACUACCCCCAGCAGCCAGGGCCUGGGCUCGGCGGCGAUGGAGCGCUCAAUCUCCUCCCAGAGCGCCAGGUCGGCGUCAUCGAUCCAGAACAGCCUAGCUCGGCAGAACAGUAACGCCGCCCGCCAGCGAGUGAUCCAACCCCGUCCGAACCAGCCUGAUGGCACCACCUACUGUGACAGCAACGGUGCUCCGCCCACUGCUGGUGCCCACAGCAGCAGCCCACCGCGCCCACGGACUGCGAUUACCCGUGUCCGGCCUGAGCGCCCUAACAGGCAGAAGGCCGUCUGCUCCAUAUGCCCCGACAAGCCCACCUUUCGUGGAGACCACGAACUGCGCCGGCACACCCAGGUCAAGCACAGCGUCAAGCUCGAGAAAUGGAUGUGCAUCAAGCCCCCGGCAGACGAGAUGCACCUGCGCGCAAAGCCUGUUAUCCCUCUUGAAAAGUGCAAGCAGUGUUCUACGAAAAAACAGUAUAACAAGGACUACAAUGCUGCUGCACAUUUGCGGAGGAAGCACUUUAAUGUGAGACAGGGUAGGCGUGCGCGUGGCCAGGCAGGAGAUCAGCCUGAGGAGAAGAGGGGGGGCAGGGGCGGCGGUGAUCAACCCCCUAUGAGUGAGCUCAAGCACUGGAUGAAGAAGGUCAUUGUUUAUCUGGACCAGAGGGCUGCUGAGCUGGCUCAAGUCGAUGAGGAUGGUGAUGGUGACGAGGAGAGCGAGCUCUUUCCCGGCGAUUGGGACUCGCAGCCGGGGGUCGAUGGCCGCGCUCCUGCUUCGAUUGCGGGUGAAGAUGCGCUUGUUUUGCCCACUGCUGAUGCCGGCGGUAAUGGUGCGCAGCUUGACCAGAUUGCUGUAUUUGGCGUUGGUGAUGUCUUCAGCAGUCAAGACUGGAACCCCCUGGCGAUCGAUACUAACACCGGGCUGUACGACCUGGAGCAUGAGCUCGGCAAUGCUGCCACAGCGGUCCUGAGCACUGGGCAGGAUAUCAGGGCCGCCAACAGCCAGAACGACAUGCUCUCACCUCCUGUUAGCCCCGUGAAUGGGAUUGCGAUGUCAUUCGCUUCUUCUCCUGUCACCCCUGCCGGAGUCGACGCCCAGCCACAGUGCCAGCCAAGGCUCAGCCCGGCUACUCCGGCCCUAACGAUGUCGCUGUCGGGUGCGUCUUCGCCUGAGAGCACUCACCUCGCGAACGGGAUGGGCCAGCAGAACCCGUUCAUGACUACUUCGACGACUACUACCGCUGGCACGAUGGGCAUGACUAAGUCCCAACUUGAUGGCACUUCUGGCUUCACAGAUGCCUUUUCGACCACCCAGGGUGCAACUGCCAUGCUGCCUGUGAUGGGCAGCACCAACCAGCGGCUUGGUAUGCUUCAGGGCGACCUAGGAGAUAUGGAUUUUGAGCUCACUUUUGGGGAUCUGAAUGGAAAUUAA